CAACUUCCUGUUUGUUUCCUGGAUUUACAUUAAACUGUAAACUGUACAGUACAAAUCAUUACUAAGGAAUACAAGACACCAUGCAGAAUAAAGGCAACGAGUGUCAUACCACGGACACCAGACUAUGUAUUUUCUGCAGAUAAAUGACAUCUUGAAUGUUUGCUAGUCUGAGCAUUCGGCAGUUUGCAGGCUACUAACCUGCUGUAAAAUUGCUGUCAGCUCUGUAUUUAACUUACAAUAACCAUGCCGCUAGCUCCUGCAAACCAGUCCCAGUUGAUUCGGUCCAGUCAAAAGGACGAAUAUUAUCAAACCUUCCUGAGAAACAACGCCAACGAAGCUUUCCAAACACUUGCUGGAUCUAAAAGAUGGCUGGACUGGAGGAAAGAGAUAGAGCUGCUGUCAGACCUCGCAUACUAUGGUUUAACAACAUUCACAGGUUACCAAACCCUGGGCGAGGAGUAUGUCAACAUCGUCCAGGUGGAUCCCACGAAAAGUCGAAUCCCCUCUCGGACCAGACGAGGCCUCUUUGUCCUGUGCCACUCCUUCUUUCCCUACCUCCUGGACAAGGUCCUGGUGUGCCUGGAGAACGAGCUGGGAUGUGAGCAGGAGGGCGGCGGGGGCGCCAGGCAGCGCCAGGCGGCAUCCUGGCCGUGGAGCCUGGAGUCCUGGCUGAGGGGGCGGACGCGGAGGGCAGUGGCGCUGCUGUCGGAGCCCCAGAGGAGAGCGUGCCUGCCGGCCGUGUUUGUCCUCCAUCAGGGCCUGACCCUCCUGCACCGCCUCCACGUGGCUCUGUUCUACAUCAGCGGCUCGUUCUAUCACCUGUCCAAGAGGGCGGCCGGGAUCAGCUAUCUGCGCGUGAUGGGGCUCAACGGCGAUGACGGGACCAUCCAGAGCAGCUACAGGCUGCUGGGGGCCGCGUCCCUCCUCCAGCUAUUCAUCACGGUGUGUCUGCAGCUCAACAACUUCAGGCAGAAACAGCGCGCCAGGCAGGAGUGGAAGCUCUACAGGAACCUCAGUCCUCAGCGCACACAGAGCUCGGGCCCCAGGGCAGCCAGCUGUAUGCUCUGCCUGGAGGAGAGGAGACACGCCACCUCCACCCCCUGUGGACACCUCUUCUGCUGGGAGUGCAUCACCGAGUGGUGCAACACCAAGGUCAGGCUUACGCCACUGUAUCACACGCAACCUCCGUCUCUAAAACUCUACUACAUGAUUAAUUGUUCGUGAAUUAAAAAAACAAUAAAGGCUAUCUGUCUACAUCUAUUAAAUAUCCCCCCCCACCCCCAAACCAUUUCUAUCACUAGCCAUGCUGGAGGUUUUAAUAUUUUAAUUUGUUGUUACUUAUUGAUCCUUUUUGUGUCAUUUUACAUUUUUAAAAGGCAUCCUGUUUUGAGGGAGAAUUUCCAAAGAGAUUUCUCUUUCUUAUUGUUGGUAACAGGAGAUGACAUUAAGGAUAAUUUAUGCAUAAUUAAACAACAAGGAUGAAACGGCAGCAACAGCCUUGUAAAUCAAGGUUACAUUUUUUUUUUUUCAAACUCAGUCGAAUGCAUUUCAUCUUUUUGUUGGUGCUUUGAGAAUUACAGGCUUUCUUUUUGUCUUAUUUGUGCAGGUUUACAGGGUUUCCGCGGGUCUUAAACUCUAGCCAAUCAAAUUAUCAGGGCGGGCGUUAUACGAUGAUGGACAGAUGGUCAACCGUAACGUAAUCAACCACGUCACCAAAGAGCGCUUGGGUUGAAUUUACAACAAAGAUGGCUGCCGC